AUCGCCUCCGGUCGGAUCGCAAAGAUGGCGUCGUCCGCCUCAGCUCGGCCUGCCGCGGGGAAGCGAGUGGUGAAUCAGGACGAACUGCGGCGGUUGAUGAAGGAGAAGCAGCGUCUGAGCACCAACCGGAAACGGAUAGAAUCUCCAUUCGCGAAGUACAACCGCUUGGGGCAGCUGAGUUGUGCCCUGUGUAACACUCCGGUUAAGAGCGAGCUCCUGUGGCAGACUCACGUCCUGGGAAAGCAGCACCGAGAGAAAGUGGCCGAGCUGAAAGGCGCGAAGGAAGCAGCCCAGGGCCCGUCCGCCAGCGCAGUGCCUCAGUCCACCAAGAGGAAGGCGCCGGACUCUGAGAGCCAAGAUGCCAAAAGAGCGAAGGCCUCCCUGGUUCCUCAGGUACAGCCCUCCACGUCCGCUUUGCCCACCAACUUUGACAAAGCCGGAAAGGAGUCCACUAGGGCGACCGUCGGUAAGGCUUCGGGACUCGGUUUACUCCCUGAUUAUGAUGACGAGGAAGACGAGGAGGAGGAGAAGGGAGGAGGAGGAGGAGGAGAAGGGAAGAAGGGGGAUGCCUGUAAGCAGCCGUCCACUUCACAGAGCAAGGAACACUCACUUUCCUCUUCGCGGGAGGCAACUGGUAGCAGGCUGCCAAGCAAUUUCUCGGAUACAAAUCCUCCCAAGGCCCCUUUAAUCCCUCAUUCCGGGUCAAUUGAGAAAGCAGAAAUACAUGAAAAAGUAGUGGAAAGGAGAGAAAACACUGCGGAAGCAUUACCGGAAGGGUUUUUUGACGACCCUGAGAUAGAUGCGAGGGUACGAAAGGUUGAUGCCCCAAAGGACCAGAUGGACAAAGAAUGGGACGAAUUUCAAAAAGCUAUGAGACAGGUCAAUACCAUUUCCGAAGCCAUAGUUGCAGAAGAGGAUGAGGAGGGACGGUUGGACCGGCAGAUUGGGGAGAUCGAUGAGCAGAUAGAGUGUUACCGUCGAGUGGAAAAGCUGCGGAAUCGCCAGGAUGAAAUAAAAAAUAAGCUUAAAGAGGUUCUGACCAUAAAAGAACUGCAGAAAAAGGAAGAGGAGAAUGUUGACAGCGAUGACGAGGGGGAACUACAGGAUUUGUUGUCUCAGGAUUGGAGAGUGAAGGGAGCUUUGUUAUAGGGUUUCAGAGACCCACGAUUUUGUACUGUUGUGUAGAAAGUGCUGACUCUCAGUACGGUACCCUUUACUCCAUGCCUAGAGAUUUGGUAACCUAACUGGAUUGUUGAGAUACAAUAAGCCUGCGAAGAGACCACUUUGGAAAAUUAGUGUAAAGUAUUUUUGAGGUAGAGGUGUUUUUGAAGUAUUACAUACUUAAAUGCCAGUUUUUUCACACACUUAUAUAGCUAAAGUUUGGGUUGUAAAAACUGUAAAUAUUGUACAUAUUAAAUAUAUAUUUACUUAAGA